GGUACGAGCACGGACUGGCGGCGGUGUGAAUUCCAACUUUUUUUUUCAAGCUGGAAAAUACAGUAGCGCAACAGCAACAGCAACAGAGAAAAAGAGUCGACAAAACGCAUACGGCGGGCGAAUUUUCUUGUGAUUUUUCGUGUGGAUCAUCCCCCCAUUCCAAGGCGACACGAAGCGAAGCAUAAGCUAAUUGAUAACACAAAAUAGAAGCUUGCAGCAAACUUCACUAAAAGCGAGUGAAGUUGUCAAAGGGGAGGCAAAGCGAAGAAGAGAAAAAAAGGCGCGCGCGGGUGCAGUCGAGAUUCACACGGUGCAAAAAUUUUAAAGAGCUUUCCUUAAGAUUCCUGGUGGUCCAGUUUUGUUGUAGCCAAACAAGUGAGUGAGUGAAUGAAAAAAAAAGUCAGAGAGAGAGCUAAAUAAAAUAAAUCAAUCGAAUCGAGCGUUAUCGCAAUCAGUGAUUUGUCCCAUCAAAGUAGAAGUGAUCAAGUGAUUUAGUGCAAGUUUGUUGAAUUAAAUUUCACACAAACCCAUCUAAGGAUUUUGGAUUUUUCAUUCCAAGAUAUGGAUUAGCGACACACUUGGAUUAAAUAUCUUAUCCGGAUUAACCAGAAGAAGAAUAUAAAACAACCCUUCAUACCGUAUUAGUGAGAUUAUUGUGGAGACGUUUCUAACCCCAUUGGUGGAACCCUCAAGUGAUAACCAGAAUAGAUACCAUUUGCUGCUGUUGUUUGGCAGUUCAAGAAAAUAAAAAAGCGAGACUGUCCCGUAGCAUUUUUUGAAGCACAAAAAAGUGAAGUGUACUGAACCAAGUAAAACCAACAUCAAAAGACAACCAACUGUGAGAACUUUCUAAAUAGUGAACUAAAAGUUUAAAAACCUUACAAAAAAAGCAAAUCGCAAUGGAUGACUUCCCAGCUGUGGUCGAGCUAAACGUCGGUGGCACCCCGUACGCCACUGCUUUGAGCACCCUCCGAUCGGAGGACGGCUCUUGGCUCCAAGAAAUAUUCGGCGGAAGUGCCAGCGGCUGUCCCCGGGACGCCCAGGGCCGCUUCUUCAUCGACCGGGACGGAACCUUGUUCCGGUAUGUGCUGGAUUACUUAAGGGAACCGGCUAAGUUUGAGAUGCCAACGGAUUUCCCGGAACGGAUGCGACUGAGGAAGGAGGCUGAGUUUUACCGGUUGGGUGGAAUGGUGGAAGCCGUUACGAAGGAUCCGGGCACGAUUACCAUUGGGUAUCGGGGAAGUUUCCAGUUCGGCCGGGAUGGGCUGGCCGAUGUGAAGUUCCGGAAGAUUACACGGUUGUUGGUUUGUGGCCGGGUUGCCAUCUGCCGGGAGGUGUUCGGGGACACGUUGAACGAGUCCCGGGAUCCGGAUCAUGGGGGCCCGGAUCGUUACACGGCCCGGUUCUUCCUGAAGCACGUGUUCAUCGAGCAGGCGUUCGAUUUACUGCAGGAACGGGGCUUCCGGUGCGUGGGUAGCUGCGGUUCCGGAACGGCCGGCUCGAUAACCGAGAACCUGAAACCGGGCGUCGAUUCCGAGGAAAAUCGCUGGAAUCACUACAAUGAGUUUGUGUUUGUUCGCGAUUAAGGUGUCGCUGGUGAAAUUGUGUGUAGAUAUCUCUUGUGAUACUUGAAACAGCAAAAAUGUGACGAUUUUCCCGAAUGGCCAAAAAGGAGGACGGAAUGAUUUGAGGAAUGAAAUUUCGAGGAGAAGCGAGCAAAGCCGAAAGUAAAAGUUACCAAAGUUAGAUUCAGUUUUUAUUAGUCGAAAAAUUGUGUUGUAAGUAGAAAAAAGGAAAAAAAACGUGGACCAGUGCAUCGAUUUCCCAAAAAUAACGAGGAAAAUGUUCUUCCGGGAAAAAAGAACGAUCUCUCCCGAAAUCGAGGGGUGACCAAAUAAACAUACACCGAAAAAAGAGAGAAAAAAAACAGAAAAGGUUCACCGACAGGUGGAAGAAGUCAUUCUUGAGAGACAGAAUUUAGAGGAAAAAAAACCCAAAAACGGAACGGAUUUUCCCGGAUCAAGGAGGGAUGUAUUUAGGGUUAAAAAUACCAUUUCCGAAUGGUAUUCGUGGAUCUUUUCCUCCAAAAUUGGUGGGUUACUCAUAAAUCGAUGGAGAGGACUGCUUCCCCAUUUUUCUUAUGGUGAUAUACAAAUAUGACUCUACAUAAGGGUAGGAAAAAACGGGUUGAUUUUCCCCAGAAGAUUGGGAUGUAGAUUUUAUGUGUAAAUUUUACAUGGAUGAAUGACUAAUGAUGAUGAUGAUUCCGGUAAGCCAAAAAAGGGCGCUCUGCUUUUGACGGAUUGAAUGCGAUAUUCGCCAAAUGACGAUGAUGACGGCGGCGAUGUGAUGAUUAUGAUGGUUGGAACGAAAGCCAUGAUUCGACACACAUGCUGCCGGAGUUUUUGCCAACGCGAUUGCUAAAUAUAUGUAUGGAGGAGGUAGAUGUGUAGGUUUGUUCAAGCCAGAUUCGAACCAAACUAACGAACGAACGGUAUUGAUUGGCUGUUUCGAAUUUUGAUGUGUUGAUUGGUGUUCGGAUUUUGAUAGCUGGCACAUGUUUUAUGGCCACCCACACCUUGCCAUUUUCCACACUUGCUCCACAUCCGGUAAAAGAGGAAAAAGGUGCCGACACAGCUCUCUCUCCCGAUAGGAAGUUGUGAAUAAUGUGCAAAAACAGAGGUUCAAGUUACGAUCGGCAGAUUGGCAGAUUAUCUUAAUUGAAAAUUUUCCGAACUGCAACAAUGUUGAUGGAAUGCAAUCAAAGUUGGAUAGUUGCUAAAUGUUUGAAACUGCAGGGGGAAAAAAACACUACGUAAUCCAAUUCCAAUCGACGAUGGCUAUUUUUGGAAGAAAUCAAUCAAUUGUUAAAUGCCAAACAAGCUUCUGAUUGGUUUAAAUUCCUGUCUGAAUUCUAUUUUUCAUCGUUUCAUUCAACAAUUAAUCCAAGAAACAAUGAAAUCCAAAUUCUGAUUAUCACUUUUUUGUUGUAAACUGGCAUUGAACUGGCUCCAAAAAGUUAUCAAUUUCGUAGAAGAAUCGCUUGUUUGGCUAUUUUUCAGUAACUUGAAAAAAAAUAUGAGAAAUUUGAGCUUAGUGGCUUCAUAGAGAUAUUAUUCUGAAUAAGAUUUUCAAAUCUCGAAGUAAAAAUUGAAGAAUUUUUUAAAGCCGGUUUAAUAAAACAAUUUUUAGGUACAUUUGCAUCUAAGUGGCUCCAGAGAGUUAUCUAGUAAUUUCAUGAAAAAAACGUUUUAUUUUUUAUCUUCCAAAAAGUGACUUAAGAGACAUAUUUUAGGCAAGAAACAUUAGCCUAUUAAAAUUAAAAGAAGCUCAGUACAACAUCAUUACAAAUUAAUAAAAAAAUCGUCUAAAUUUCGAAAUGGAAUUUCAGAAUUUCAGCAGAUUCAAGCAUUGUAAAAAUAAGUUUUGUGAGUGCUUGUAUCAGAUUGCUAUUUCUAACAAAGGAUUUAUCAUUCUACACAAUCACAGCUAGACUCGAAGUUAGGUCUGGAAAUUAAUGUUUUUGACUCAAAAAAUAAAA